CCAUUUAUGCGGUGUGUUGGACAUAUUCUGUGCUGAGACUAUUUAACUUGUAAAUUCUCUCCUCUCUGCUCUGUUGGUCAGUUUGGAAUCUCUCUCUCUCAAAAUCCAUUUUCUUCCAAAUAGAAGAAAAAUGGCCUCCAUCUCUGCUAGCGCCCCAACGUCAUCAAUCACCGGUACAACUCUUGCUCACAAGAGAUUACCAGUGGUUUCAUCCUCUCCUGUUCUUGGCUUGCCAGCUAUGGCAAUGAAAGGAAAAGUGAGGUUUUCAAUGGAGGAAAAGCCACGUGGGUGUAACAAAGGUAUGAGCGCAUCGCUAGUUGCAGCUGCAUGUGCCGUAACAACGUCGAGCCCAGCUCUGGCUUUGGUGGAUGAGAGACUUAGCACUGAAGGAACAGGACUUCCAUUUGGUUUGAGCAACAACCUUCUUGGUUGGAUCCUUUUCGGCGUGUUUGGUCUUAUUUGGGCUUUAUACUUUGUUUAUACUUCCAGCCUGGAUGAGGAUGAAGAAUCAGGAUUGUCUCUUUAAGGCGUAGCCUUACAUUUAAAUCCUUAAAAUCUUUCUUUUUUUCUUUUUUGUUUUUUGGUGUUUAUCAGCAUCUCGUUUUAAAAGGAAUGUAAAAAAAAGUAUGUAGAAUUUGGGUUUCUUUUUUAAAUCUUUUGUAUCUAAAUUAUAUUUUCAUGUGCAAUGUUUUUCAGGAUCAAAUCAAUCUGCAAAUAUUUUGUUACAUUUAAUGUGACCAGUUUAGAGAAA